AUGGAGGGACAUGAAAUUUUGGGGUUUGGUUUCUUUGUAACUGGUUUAUGGCACUUUUUCAACCACAUCAAACUCCAUUUUCUUUCUUCUUCUUUCAAUUCCUACACUUCAACCCUAUGGUUUCCAUCCAAAUUAACUAGAUACAUGGAGCUUUAUUUAACUAUUGCAAGUGGCAUACUCUUCAUAGCCAUGGAGCUUUUCAUCUAUUCUCUUCACCACCAACCAUUUGACCCUAUAGAUGGAACCAUUCCCUCUAACCGUCUUCACAACUUUGAACACUCUUCCAUGGCUUUGUCUUUCUUAUCCUAUGCUACAUUUUCUAUAAUUCUUGAUAGAAAAAUAACCAUUGCUAAGAAAACUCAAAAUGAACUCACUCAUUUGCUUGCAGCUAUAGCAUUUGCUCAACAGUUUCUUCUUUUUCAUCUUCAUUCAAGAGAUCAUAUGGGGUUAGAAGGACAGUACCAUUAUUUUUUGCAAGUUUUGAUUUUUAUUUGUUUCGUGACGACCCUUAUGGGAAUUGGAUUUCCAACGAGUUUCUUGGUGUGUUUUGUGCGUUCGGUUGGGAUAAUCUUUCAAGGUCUGUGGCUUAUGUUCAUGGGGUUCAUGCUUUUUACACCUGGUUAUCAACCCAAAGGCUGUUUCAUGAAACCUGAAGGGGAUCAAUAUGUGGUUAGGUGCAGUGAUGAAGAGGCUCUUCAUCGUGCGGUUUCGUUGGUGAAUAUUCAUUUCAGUUGGUUCUUGAUUGGUGUCACUGUUUUUGCGAUGUCGUUCUACUUGAUUAUGGCUUUAUGUUAUGGUGGAAAAACAGUGGAGUAUGUUUCAUUGAUGAAGGAGGAACAUUACCAAGAUGAAGAUGGCUUGAAAAACUUCAAUGUUGAGUCACAAUGUCAAAAUAUUGCCACAAGCAAUGAAGAGCAAACAUGA